AUGGGCGCCAAGCUCUACUUCUACUACUCGGCCAUGAACGCUGGCAAGAGUGCGACCCUGCUGCAGUCCAACCACAACUACCUGGAGCGCGGGAUGAACACCCUGCUCUUCAUCCCGGAGCUCAUAGGCAGCAGCCACAUUCGGUCCCGCAUCCGCGCGGCCCGAACGGGAUCACCCUCUCGCUGCACAGUUCGCUGCCCGCCAGCAUCUGCGCACGUUGAUGGCCCCCCCCCCAAAAAAAAA